UCUAUUAAAAUGUGAAUUAAUUCAGACACUCAUGCAAUGUCACAAUCAGAUGAAACUUCAAAAUCUAGAAACCUUAAUAGGUCCCUCCGCCCAACAAAUCAUUCUUUGGUAUUAGAGAGAAGUUUAACUCCUUAGGCCUCACCAAACAUUUAAGCACAAAGCCCUAUAAAUACUGCCAAGAAUUAGUCAGCAUACACAGAAACAAGUUUUAUCAAAAAUAAAGCAAGAUUACAACUCAACCUCGUCCUGUUAUGGCCACAAUAAGCAUGCCCAUGUGCUUGUCCCUGCUGAUCAUCUGUACCAUAUUCAUGCCUCAUUUGGCUGAUGCCACCAAAAAACUUGUGUUUAUUCUUGGUGAUUCAACAGUUGAUGUUGGAACUAAUAAUUAUAUUUCAAGUAAGUUACGAGCAAAUUUCCCCCACAACGGUGUUGACUUCCCCAAGUGCCAAGCAACUGGGAGGUUCAGCAAUGGCUUCAACAGUGCUGAUGAACUCGCAAAACUUUUCCAGUUGAAGAUGAGCCCACCUCCAUUUCUGUAUCUUCUUACGCUUGGAUCUGGAUUCCAGCAGAAACUCUGCAAAGGCGUAAACUUUGCCUCUGGGGGUGCUGGACUCCUAGACAUAACAAAUAUUAAUAAUGUAAGCAUUUACUUGCUUGAUUGUGAGGAUUCUGUUCUAAUUUUGCAAUCUCUGAUAUUUUCUGUUCAUGCCCGCAUUGCAUUGAAACAUCAACAGACAGUGCCCUUAUCGGAACAGAUCAAUCAGUUCACUACAGUGCGCAAUAAUUUCACUGCCAUGAAAGGCGAAAAUGCGACUGAAGUAAUGCUCAAUAAGUCUUUGUUCUUCAUCAGUAUCGGGAGCAAUGACAUUUUUGGUUAUUUAAACAGAAGUGAUGCGACACCUCCAGACAGCUUCAUCUUCAUGAUGCUAUCAGCAUAUUCUCAACACAUCACUACGUUGUACCAACUUGGAGCAAGAAAAUUCGGGUUCAUAAGCGUUCCACCAAUAGGUUGCUGCCCAUUUUCAAGACUAAUCCAAUUGAACUUCACCGGCACCAACGACUGCUUCCAUCCAAUGAAUGAUAUUGCUCAGGCGUUCCACUUAGCCCUCGAUGGCCUUUUACUCAACAUCAGCUCACAGCUUCCGGGAAUGAAAUACUCUCUUGGGAACUCAUUCAAUAUGACUCUUGAUGUCAUUAACGCGCCAAAAAAUUUCUCACUAUUCGGAACAGUGGAUAAAGCAUGCUGCGGGCAUGGAACUUUGAAUGCUGAGGGGCCUUGCAACAAAUCAGCAACGCUUUGUUCAGACCGCGACAGGUAUCUGUUCUGGGACAUGUUCCACCCAACUCAGGAAGCCUCGUACCUCGCUGCUCAAGAACUCUAUAACGGCUCAACUUAUGUGUCGCCGAUCAGCUUUAGUCAGCUGGAACAUGACAACUAGCUACAUA